CGAGAAAGCUUGACGUCAUUACUCAGCGCGUCAGAUUGGAGGAAGAUCGAUCGCCUACUGAGGGCUGUCGUUGAUAUAGGAGGCGACCAUGAGGCCAAGAAGCUGAGUCGAACUGUACACCAUAUCUCCGUAAAGAAACAGCGCUUAGAGCAUAUCAAUAAAGGCCUGCGCGAGGCUCUAGUGAUACAAAAGAGGCACUCAACGCGAGGCAGGCCUUUGCCUCUUGAUCGGAGCGAUGAGUAUCAUGGUGGAGCGGUUUUCUGGUCACCUCACAGCAUACAGAGGGCCCGCGAUCGUCAACACCAAAAAGAGACUGAUGAGGAGCAAUUACGGCGUCAAAAAGCUGAUCAAGCAGAGGCCCGUCGGGCCAGCCAACAGCUCAAAGCAAGACUUCUCCAGGAGAGGCGU